AGGAAAGGCUUAUUUAUUUUGGUCAUCCUGAUCUUGCCCGCUGAGUAAAUCAUUGAGUACAAACAAAUGUACAUGAAGAAAUCUAAAUAGAAGUUAAUUACUGCUUUAACUAGGGACAAUAUGAAGAAAGCUGCAGUUUUUAGGAGUGGAAAUACAAUCUGCUCCGUAUUAAAAUGAGGCAAAAGUCAACAGCAGCCUCCUACCACUUCAGACAUUCAUGGGAAGCUGAAUAUAACCAAGAGUCUAAAGAGCAAAUCAUAAAACAGGACAUUUGAAUAAAAGGAACUGUAACCGAUAUCUGCAUGUCAUGCAAGACUUGCCCCUAUGGGGAACUGAACAAGGAAUGAUGUGGUCACAGUGUCUGACCAAGAGGCGGCGAGUGCUCUUCAUCUCACAGAGGAGCUACUUUUUUCCCACUUUUUGACUCCUGGAUUUCGAGAAUCAUGUGUGGCCCUUUCAAAAGCCCCAAAGCCAUUUUGCGGCUCUUGGAGAUAAUCUUCAGCACUCUGGCUUUCAUCACGGUCAUCUCCAGAGGCAGGAUGGUGAGUCCGUGGGGGAUCUGGUGUGAGUUUGUCUGGGUUUUCUGCAUCGUCGUGCCUGUGGUUCUGCUGGUGAUGGAGAUCAUGAAGCUGAAUGUCCUCCUGUCCGCCAUACUCCCCGACUGGGACGACCUGUCCUGCGGCCUGACGCUGCUGUGUGCCGCGAUGAUCACCUCUGCCACGAUCAUCUUCGGAGCCGUCUUUCUCUGUCUCGAGUGCGUCGGCAGCAUCCUGGGUUUCAUCUUCUCACUCGUCGCCGCUGUGAUCUUCUGGGUGGACGGCGUGAUGCAAAAGAUGAAGUGUCCAAAGGGCUACUUUUCCACCGUGAGAGGAAUCCUCCGCAAACUAGAGGCUUUCAUAGGAUGCAUUAUUCUCGCUGCUGCCAGUGAUUUCUUAAGGAGCAUGAGCUGGACUGUUCACCUUUCCUGGACGGUAUUCUGCAUCAUCAUUUUUUUUGUUUGCCUCCUGGUCACUGUGAUCAUCAUGGUUAUCCAUCUGCUCAAGCUCCUUCGGGCUCUAAUCCCAUUCGGGCUGAACAAGUUGGAACUCGUGUUCGACAUACUGGCAGCGGUGCUGUACGUGUUGGCCAUCAUCGUUUGGUGCGUCUAUGCUUACAAACUGUACCACAUCGGGGAAAGUUAUUACGGCUGUAGAAAGUGUGUCAAAGCAGACUUGAACACUGUCACCUUGGGAGCCAUCAUCAACUUUGUUCUUUACAUCGUCGACCUGGUUUUAGCGUUUAAAGAUCGCUAGAAAUUAGAAAUGACAAGAUUUGUUUGUGUUUAUCUCUUGCUUAGGAGUGGAUAUAAUAUACUACAAUAUGUGUAUUGUGAUGUCAUAAAUGAACUCAAAACCAAUUUAGG